UAAUACCUUAUUUUUUACGCUAAGAUUUUAAAACUUGUAGUAGUGGUAAUCCUUCUUUAUUGAAUUUAUUUAAAGUUUAUAUUUGACUUGAAACAUCAUCUCGUAAAGUCAAUGAAAUAUUCUCUUUAUUAUAACAAGCGGCCUAAUAAAAAAUCAAGGAAGCGUAAACGGUGCCACCCUUUGCUUUGGACCAAAUUUUACCCAGAAAAUGGGCUUGGCCUUUGUUCCUCUGUACUCACCCCUAUUAAACCUGCAACCUCCGACCUUUCUCCCUUAUUGGACUCUCCCCCAGAUAACGGCAACGAAACUUGUAAAAACGAGUUCGACACAAUUUCAUCGUCUGAAAGUUUUUUGACCUAUCUUCGCGAUUAUUCAUUAUUGCCAACCAUACAAAUACGGAAGCACCCGCCAUUCGAUUUUGAUCAUUACACCUUAAUCUCUGGAUCCUUUUCCCUUUACUCUCCAUUCACUCUGACCCUGAACAGCGUAAGGACGAGAAAUGUGCAAUCAGCUAAAGGGGAAAACUCGCAAUCAGCUAUAGGGGAAAACGUGAAGCAGACCGAUGUAAUAAAAAGCUGGGAAAAACCUCAUCAAAUGCUAUAUCUCAAACGGUUGAAUGAUAUCGAAAAAUUAUUUGACCGCGAGUCCGAUGCUUCCUCCGAUUAUUCGCUCGAAAAAUACCCAAAUAUAUACCAAAGCAUCUGCGCCAAUUACAAUAAAACGUCUUACGCCAUUAAGAAAAGCUUGGAAAGCCCUCUCCUAACAAUCAAUCAUUUUUCGUCUCCAAAUUAUGCAAUAAAAUUAGACUAUCCUGAUUUGUUAAAGUACGAUGCUGGAAACCAUUUACAACCAAUAAUCAAUCAUAUUGAUAACAUGGGUAUUCAAUCAAAAUUGAGGUCAAAUGACAUAAAUCAUAUACCUCUAUCUCAUUCAGAUGACCAAGAUAAAAAUAAUUUCAUCGAUAGGCAAUAUCAUGUCAAUUUAAUAACUGAUACUUUUAAGGAGUUUGAAGCUAUCCUGGGAUGAUUCUGAUUAUUUUAAAUUUAUGAUUGUUUAAUCAAUUUUUUUUUAAUUAAAUCAUGGUUGAAUUUAUAAAUCCUUUAUUUAGCUAAGUGAAUUAAAAGAUUUAAUUAUUUACAUUGUAUUUUUUUAACCUAUAUUUAAAAAUAUAUAAAUAUGAUAGAAAAUAAUCAUCAAAUAUAUAUUUAUACU